AUGGUUCCCAACUAUGCGUUUUACCCUCACAGUAGGGCCGCCACCAAUUCCACGUCGUCAACGUCGACAGCAACAGCCUGCAUUCCUGAGCGCUUGUUGCGCAAUAACAAGAGGCCGCUCGAAUCGGCUGCAUCCCCACUUUCUCUACCACUGUCUGAGAAGAAACCGGUGGUUCCGCGCGCUGCUGCUACGACCGUCAGCGCCGCCAUGAAGGCCGAUGAGUCCACGCCGCUGCUGAGUCCAAAUGACGAGCUGAGCAAGGGCCCGCCUGCUGCUGGGUUCGCCCGGGCAUUAAGCACGGGAAGCAGCCGCCAUGCGAAGCCAAGCCGGCUCCCGCAGGCCAUCGCGCACCGUGGGUACAAGGUAGCGUUUCCGGAAAACACCAUGGCCGCAUUCCGGAGCGCAGUAGAGAUCGGCGCCCAUGCUAUUGAAUCAGAUCUGCACCUUUCGAAAGAGGGCGUUGUCGUUUUGUCACAUGACCCUACUCUUAAGAGAUGUUUCGGCAUAGAUGCGAAAGUUGCCGAUUAUGAUUGGGAUUAUCUCAGUACACUACGCACCUUGCGCAAGCCGAAUUUACCAAUGCCGCGCUUGAUUGAUCUUCUCGAAUAUCUCGCCCAGCCUCAACAAGAGCAUGUGUGGCUCCUGCUCGAUGUCAAGAGAGAUGACGAUGCCAGUGAAUUGCUCACCCGGUUAGCGGAAACCAUAGCCUCUGUCCCGGCGAGGAUACCAUGGAAUACACGCAUCAUACUGGGUUGCUGGAACGCAAACUACGUGCGGCUAAGCAAGAAGCUUCUCCCAGAAUUUCCACUCGCCUUUAUCGGCUGGUCUCUGGCAUACGCUACCGCGUUGUCGCACGUUCCCAAUAUGAAUUUCAACCUACUUCUGCACAGUUUGACCGGCCCGUUUGGUGCUCGAUUCUUGAGGCAUGCCAGGAAGAUCAACCGUCUCGUCUUUGGCUGGACAGUCAACGAAGAACGUUGGAUGGAGUGGAGUAUACAGCAUGAGCUUGAUGGGGUUAUCACGGAUGACCCUAAACUCUUCCUCGAGGUUUGUGACAGAUGGAGGAAGGAUCCUGACGGUGCUGCCGCAGCGAUGGGCUCUAAAACAACCCUGCCAUGCAGAGUGAGGCAGUUUGCUGAGGCUGUGGUAAUGUUCAUUAUUUUGAAUACCCUGAUCAUCACACUGCGCACUGUAUCGGCAUUCAAGCGAGGUUCGCCGACAACUCAGGUUCGGAGGGGGCUUGCAGGGCAAGACCAAGGCUUUCAGGGGCCUGUGUAUUAA